AUUUGUACUGCAUGUUUUUUUUUUUGUUUUUGGUGGGGGGUGGUAAUGCUUCAUAUACUGGAAGAAAAAAAGAAAUACGACCCUCCGUCCAGCGGGCAGUAUGCGUUAUAUCGGAACCGAACAGAGUUUUAGGCGUAUUGUAAGCUCACAAAGGCCUGGUAUCGACCACCGAUGCUAAACUGAACUUUUUCGAGACCCAAAGUUGUCAGGCAUCGCAUCUUGCACGCAUGCGCAUCAUUCUAUCCAGCUCUAAAUAAGAGUUAAAACAGAAACGAGUCAUAUCAGCGGAGUGGGAAUGACUGAUACUCCACCCAGUGAUGGACCCUCCCAGGGAGCUGAGUUUGACAUGAUGGGUGCUCUGGACUGGAAGGAUGGCAUAGCCACACUUCCUGGCAGUGAUAUCAGGUUCCGUAUGACAGAGUUUGGGACUCUUGACAUUGUCACAGACCUAGAGGUCAAAGGCCAGGAGACAGAGCGAAACUGUGAGACCUUGGACCCAGCACCGGCUCAUACUCCCACCCCUCCACCAGAGGGCCAAUCACAGACUGGCACAGCCAAAGCCCUAACGAAUCAGAGUAAGCCAGGAUCAUCGCAAGCUAAAGAGGAGGGCAGCAGCAUGGAGGGCCCCAGCAUGGAGGUUGGUCCGAGUGCUGAAGUAGACACAGGUCCAAAUGGGGAGCUGUCAAGGUGUCAGGCUUGUGGUGGACGUGUUUCCGGUGAUGCCCUGUUGCAUGGGAAGUUCUGUAGCACCAUUUGUGCCCAGCCCUCCAGUGGCAGAUCAUCUCCAGGGGAAGCACGGGAAAGUCAGGUGGUAGAAGGGGAACGACUGGGAAAACGUGUGCGCAAAAAGAGGAAGAUCUAUAUGGAUUCUGGUGAUGAAGAGGAGGACAACCAAGAAGAACCAGAGGAAAAGACUAAGAGUACCAAAGGCAGGAGGGGAGCAAAACUAGCUAAGCUGGUGACUGCCCCACCCAACAAAAAACGGGCAUGGAGCUGGCCUGCUUACCUUGAAGAGGAGAGGGCUAUUGCUGCUCCUUUGAAACUGUUCAAAGAGCAUCAGUCAUUUCCUCAAAGCAGGAACAGUUUUAAAGUUGGAAUGAAGCUGGAGGGGCUUGACCCAUCCCAUCCAUCUCUGUUCUGUGUUCUCACCGUUGCAGAGAUCCAAGGUUACAGAGUAAGACUCCACUUUGAUGGCUACCCAGAAUGCUACGACUUCUGGGCCAACGCUGACUCGUGGGAUCUGAAACCCGCAGGCUGGUGUGAGAAGAAUGGACAUAAGUUACUGUUGCCUAAAGGUUGUAAAGAUGGAGAGUUUAAUUGGAGCAUGUAUGUGAAGAACUGCAGGGGCCAACUGGCUCCAAAACACCUUUUCAAGAGCCUCAACACGUCCGUGACUCCAUCUGGAUUUAGAGCCGGGAUGAAACUGGAAGCAACAGACAGAAAGAACCCUUUGCUGAUUUGUGUAGCAACGAUUGCUGCUGUUGUUGACAACCGCCUGCUCAUUCAUUUUGACAACUGGGAUGACACCUACGAUUAUUGGUGUGAUGCUAGCAGUCCAUACAUCCAUCCUGUUGGUUACUGUGAAGAGGCAAAGUUAACUUUGACCACUCCAGCUGAUUAUAAAGAACCUAAGACUUUCUCAUGGGAGAAAUACCUGGAGGAAAUGGGGUCACAGGCUGCUCCUGCUCGAGCUUUUAAACCGCGACCUCCACAUGGCUUCCAGAGUGGGAUGAAAGUGGAAGCUGUCGAUAAGAGGAACCCCAUGCUUAUUCGUGUUGCUACUAUAGUGGAUACUGAGGAUCACAGACUGAAAAUCCACUUUGAUGGCUGGAGUUCAGAGUAUGACUACUGGGUUGAGACAGACUGCCCAGAUCUGCACCCUGUUGGGUGGUGCCAUAAAACAGGACACCCACUACAGCACCUUAAUAGCACAAAUGAUUUAUUGACUGCCCCGGGACAAGGAUGUCCCACUCCCGGAUGCAACGGGGUUGGACACAUCAGGGGACCUCGCUACGGGACACACUACACUCAGGUGAGCUGUCCUUACUCAGAGGUGAAUCUGAACAAGGAUGGUUUGCUGCCAGACCGUCUCAGUGGUGAAAGACUUCUCACCCUCAGUGGGCCUCACCAACGGGGACGACGCCCCGACAUCACAGCACAGUCCACCUCAACGCCAGAUCACGAAGGAGUUGUAGACUUCCAGAGCAGGAAACCAGUGACAGUGGAUGCUGAGCAUCUAGGAUGCAACAACCAGCCAGAACCACUGGGUGGGGCCAGUGAGCAAAGUCACAAUGGAACGAGGCCUAAACGAAUGGCUCCAGUUCCCAAAUACCUAAAAAUGCACUAUGUCAAGGAGGAGAUUAGUGAUGGUAAAGCAUCUCCAGAGACCAUCUCUCUUCAGCAGGCCCUCCACGAGUCUGUGUUCUCGCCCGGCAUCUCUGCCUCUCCUCCCCACCGGGUUGCUCUUUGCUGGGACAAACACUGUCAGCUGCUGCCUGAAGUCCUGGGAAUCACUGCCAAAAGAGUGGCCACUUGGAGCGCUGAAGAGGUGGCCAGUUUUGUCAAAGGACUCCCAGGAUGCAAAGAGCAUGCUGCUACAUUUAAAACAGAGCAAAUAGAUGGUGAGGCUUUCCUGCUGCUCACCCAAGCAGACAUUGUCAAGAUCUUGUCUAUCAAGCUUGGACCUGCUCUGAAGAUCUACAACUCCAUCCUCAUGCUGAAGAACGCUGAUGAAGAGUGAGACCUGACUCCUCAAGGAGUAGCUUCCUCCUCCUUCAGUUUCAGUUCAAUCUUCACUCACUUUAGGACAUUUUGAUAAAAUCAGCCAGAACAAGUUAAAGUCGGCAUGCUCUGCUGUGGUGCAGCUACAGGAGAGAAGAAAGAGGAAGCCAUCAUCUCAAAUGUCCCAUCUUUCCCUCCACUCUUCUCUCUAUGAUGGACAGCACUGGCCAACCUGAGGGAGAGUUUUUCAUGACACAAUGAAAAUUCCCCAGAUUGUACCGUAUUUGUUUACUGAAUCAUUUGAGAGAGAGAGAAAAGAAAAACUAAAGGCACCUUCAAGGCUUCUUAACAUUGUACAGUAUGAAUUAUUGAGUUAUUGUCACAAUUGUUGCUUAUUCUUGUUUUUAUCUGAACUUUAAAGAAAUGGUGCUUGAGCUCAGAACAGAUGGAACAAGUGUAUUUGUGUUGCUGUUUACUUGGGAACAGACUUUUCCCUUUAAAAAAAAAAAAAAGAUGCAAAAUACAAUCGUUAGGUGAGAAGGUCUGAAAUGCGAAAGCAUGGAGUCGAAGCACUAUGUAGUUCAGCUUUUUUCCUGUAGGUGGAGAAAGAUGGCCGCUCAGCGGGCUCAAAGAGCAUGCGUUAUGUUCAUUUGGAGUUGGCUGGAGUUUGGAUUAAGUGGGGAUGGUUAAAACUGUGUCUGUGCGCAAAUAUAAUUAAGUGUUUGAGAAAUGUGGAUGCAAUUUUUUUUUUCUCUUUUUUCUGUGUGUGUUGCUUUUCUGCUUGGAGGAUUGUUUUGUGAACAGUAGGGCUAAGGGCCAACUGGUAACUUAAGAGUUAGUUGUUUGCUGUCUUUUAAGGUGGAACAGCCUUUUUUUGAGAGAGAGAACGGACCAUGAAUAUGAAUGUUAAACAACUGUAAGUUGUUUAUUUCUCAAUUCAAAUAACCUCUAUCAUUCAUAGUGUAUAUACUACAGAGCUAUUAAAGGAGUCUCGCUCCCUACCAGAGUUUACUCUUGUUCAUUUAUGCAAAGGCUGAAAAUCUAUCCAUACAGGGAAGGACAUUUUUACAGUGAACUGAAAAAGAUAGGACUGAUGUCAAUGAUUUUUUUUUUUUAAACAAAAGAACAUUGUCUGUGUCUGUAAAUAUGCGUGUACUUCAGCAAGUUGGAAUGUGUACAUCAGCAACUGUUUAUAUGCAAACAGCUUUUAUUUAUGUAUUGUAAAUUAAGGGAUAAUGGUACGCUGUUCUGGCUCUGAAGUAGCUGUGGUUGUUUGAUGGAAUGUGUGAAUGGGAGAAAAUAAAUGACAUACACACUG